CGCGCCAUUUUGUCUGCAGUGUCUCGUUUGCAGUCGGUUGUGUGGAGGGAAGCGUCUUGGUCCGUAGCCGUGAGGAAGGGAACAGCCUCUAUUGUCUGUGUUUGACUCCGUAGUUUGGUCCGAGGCCUCCCGGAGCUUUCCCGGGGCAGUCGGCAGAAGCCGCCGCGACCGCCCCGCCCCUCCCCUCCGUCCCCGGGACCGGGAGGGACCCAGCCCGUGUCACGCCCCUCGGCGCUCGCCUUUCCCUUCUCUGUCGUUGCGUCCGCAUCGCGCCCCCGGAAUCAGACGGUGCCCCAUAGAUGGCCAGCUUUCCCCCGAGGGUCAACGAGAAAGAGAUCGUGAGAUCACGUACUAUAGGUGAACUUUUAGCUCCUGCGGCUCCUUUUGACAAGAAAUGUGGUCGUGAAAAUUGGACUGUUGCUUUUGCUCCAGAUGGUUCGUACUUUGCUUGGUCACAAGGACAUCGUGCAGUAAAGCUUGUUCCGUGGUCCCAGUGCCUUAAGAACUUUCUCUUGCAUGGGACCAAGAAUAUCACCAAUUCAAGCAGUUUAAGAUUGUCAAGACAAAACAGUGAUGGUGGUCAAAAACAUAAGCCUCGUGAACAUAUUAUAGACUGUGGUGAUAUAGUCUGGAGUCUUGCUUUUGGAUCUUCAGUUCCAGAAAAACAGAGCCGCUGUGUAAACAUAGAAUGGCAUCGAUUCAGAUUUGGACAAGAUCAGCUACUCCUUGCCACAGGGUUAAACAACGGGCGUAUCAAAAUAUGGGAUGUAUAUACAGGAAAACUCCUCCUUAACUUGGUAGAUCAUACUGAAGUGGUCAGAGAUUUAACUUUUGCUCCAGAUGGGAGCUUAAUCCUGGUGUCAGCUUCAAGAGACAAAACUCUGAGAGUGUGGGACCUGAAAGAUGAUGGAAACAUGAUGAAAGUAUUGAGGGGCCAUCAGAACUGGGUGUACAGCUGUGCAUUCUCUCCCGACUCUUCUAUGCUGUGUUCAGUGGGAGCCAGUAAAGCAGUGGUGGCAGCAAUAUUGGUGUGAUUGAGGUUAUGCUGGCACCACUCGCACACAGGCGCACAAUGGUGUUAGCUGGGCAGAAAGAGUGGCAUCUCUGGCUACCGGGCUGGGGGCGACCUUUACCAUAGGAUGAAGUAACCUUGCAUUCGGCUGCAAGGUGUACUGUACGUACACAGGUGCUGGUCGAUGUCCACUUUCUGCUUUUCUUUCUUUCUUUUUUUCUUUUUAAAAAUAAUUUUCCCCACAGUGAAACCAACUGACUCCUCCGAUGUAAUUGAUCUUCCAGUCUGGUGGAAUUGGGAGUCUAACAUGUGAAACCAAUUUAAUGUAAUGUAGUUGGCUUUCAAAUGGUUUCUCUGUGCUAUUUUUUGGAAUUCUUUGAGAUACUAGAGAUACCUUAAGUCUUUGAUCCAAUUGAAAAUUUGUAUUUAUUUUUCUUUGGAAAUAAUAUAUUGUGUCUGUGCAGAAAAACGUAGCAAAAAGGAUUGCUUUACUCCAAGAGGAGGAGAGUUUGUCUUAUUAGGAUUGUAAUAAACCUCCAAGCUCACGUUUAAUAUAACAGAUUGAAGUAAACAUUAGAAUCCUGUUUAGAGCUAUUCUGCACAGUAUUACUACUGAUCUUUAGAAACUAAAACUAUGUGUGAACUUGUACUAAAGUAAUUUAAAUCUUCUAUACUUAAAAUGACUAAUGAUUGUGGUUGGUUUGGGAAAAAUAAGAUUGGCAAAUCUUGAUUCACAGAAAUGUUGUUAAUUGUAUUAUUUUCGUAAAUUAGCAUUUUCAUUUUGUAAUGUGGUUUAACAUCCUUGUUGUUUGCCAAAGAAAUUUCAUUUGGCUGUGAAAAAUUCUCUUUGCUUGCAGUAUCUGUUUCUCUUCCUAGGCUCACGUUGGUGACCCAAGCCUAUUGUAAACAAGUGAUUAUCUCAAAGGGAGAUGCCAAUGGAGUAACAAUUUGUUAACCUUAUAUUUUCUGUCUGUAUAUUUUUUAAAAAUUUGGUAGUUUCUGGAAAAAAAAAAGAAGGGGGUUUGUAGUACUUAACCCUAUUUAUUUCUGUAUAUUUUAGUUAAUUAGUUUUUGGAAUAAAUGGAUGUCAGUAUAACUUUGUGGUUAAAUUGCAUUGCCUUUUUUGUGUUUAGGCUUAUUUUUAAAUUAACAUUUAACAGAAACAUUUGAAAUAGAAUUUGCAUGUUUACUUUAAUUAACUUAAAAACUGAUUUUAAUUUUUGACUAUGACACUGAGCAUAUUCUUUCAUAAUUAUUCAUAAUUUAUAAUGUUUAAUUUAAUGUAAUCUUAAUUAAAUUUAGCAGUUUUAGUUUAAGAUGUGCGAUUUUAUCCUCUGCGUGUCUGAAUGAAGCUAUAACAUUUGCCUUUUUUGCAGGUUUUCCUU